AUGUUUCUCGGAAUACAAUUGUGUUAUUUAAUUUUCUACAUUUUGUCACACUUUCUGUCAUCAAUUCACGGACAAAAUGAGUGUGGAAAACUGCGUGAAAGCCAACUCUAUAAUCAGAAGAAGAUCACCGAACCGGAUGAGUACGCCUGGAUUGGAUUGGUUGGAUAUGGCGAUGAAGGUCCCAGAAAUGUCCAGUUCAAAUGCCUCUCGGUGCUGAUCAACUCGCGAUAUGCGAUCCUUCCCGCCCAAUGUGUAACAGACCCGGAAUUCAGCAAUCCCCUCAUCAUUGUGUUCGGGGAGUGGCAGGCCAAAAAAUCCUCCAAGUCGGGCGUUUGUCGCCUGGAGGAGGGCUUUAGGCAGUGCGCCCCACCUUCCCAAACGUUGGACAUCGAGGAACUGGUGGUGCAUCCGGGUUACCUAAAGUCUCAUGAACUCAAAUAUAACCUUGCACUGGCUAAAUUGGAUCGAGAUGUGGAGCUCUCUGAGUUUGUGCACCCCAUCUGCUUGCCACCCGCAGAGGGUGAUAAGGAAAACCAUAUCGCACAGAUUUUGCAUAUGGCGGGAUUCAGAAGAUCGGGCUUCAGGUUCAACUGGAAGGAAGAUGACUAUUUUCGGCAGAAGAUUAAGGUGACCACGACUAGUUUGCGUUACUGCCUCCUUAAAAUAUUGAUCCCAAUUGGCCUGACCGAAAACAAUCUGUGUGCCGUAAAAGACACGCAAUAUGAACUUUUCCCCGGAUCUCCGCUAAUGGGGAUCGAUGUCGUAGACGGAAAUCCCCAGAACUUCUACCUAGUUGGAAUUUUAAUCACUAGCCUUGAACUUGGAUACUAA